AUGGAUGUCACUUACUCCACUUCUAUCACCCCCAAAUUGAUUUCAGAGUUGUUAUUCGGGGAAAAACACUUAUCCUUUGAAUCUUGCAUGACUCAGCUGUUUGCAGAACACCUUUUUGCUGGAUCGGGGGUCUUCCUUCUGCUGGUGAUGGCCUGUGACCGCUAUGUGGCCGUCUGUAAGCCCUUGCAUUAUGUGGUGAUCAUGAGGCAGAGGGUGUGUGUUGUGUUGCUGCUGUUGUCAUUUGUCGGUGGUUUUCUGCACUCAGUAAUUCAACUUAGCACUGUUUAUGGGCUCCCAUUCUGUGGCCCCAAUGUCAUUGAUCACUACAUGUGUGACAUGUGCCCUUUAUUGGAACUCGUCUGUUCUGACACCUAUGUCAUUGGCAUCUUAGUUGUGGCCAAUGGAGGACUGAUCUGCACCAUUGUGUUUCUGUUCUUACUCGUCUCCUGUGGAGUCAUCCUGCACUCUCUGAAGAACCUGAGUCAGGAAGGGAGGCGGAAAGCCCUCCAGACCUGUGGUUCCCACAUCACUGUUGUUGUCUGCUUUUUUGUUCCCUGUAUUUUCAUGUAUGCAAGGCCUGCUAAAACAUUCCCCAAUGACAAAUUAUUGAGUGUGUUUUAUACAAUUAUAACCCCCAUGCUAAACCCAUUAAUCUACAGUCUACGAAAUUCUGAGCUGACUAAUGCUAUGAAGAAGCUCUCGAGAGGAAACAUCAUAUCUCAUAUUAAAUAA